AUGCUGAAUUCAUCAAUUUACUUCCUAAAGUCAAAUUUUCAUUGCCAAUUUUCUCCCCUCAUCAGGAAAACAAGGAACAGCUUCAUCAAAAGUUACACAGUGAAGACACCAGAAGCUGCAUCUUGUCCUCCAAUCAAACCGCUGAUUGAUGAACCUGAGCUCAUCAUCAUCAUAGACACCGGGUAUGAUCCACAUAACCGUGUUACCCGCCUCAGUGAUGAAGAAAUCUGGACAUGUGGAGAAGACAAAAUCAUGAAACUCUGCAACCUCCAGGGAAAACUGCUAAAGACAAUCCAAACCAAAUCAGGGAACAUACCAGGUGACAUAGCAGUGACAAGGAGUGGAGAUUUAGUUUAUACUGACCAUGAUACAAGAACUAUAAACAUAGUAAAGAAUAAACAGAUACAGGAAGUGAUCAGACUACAGGGGGUGGAAACCUUACUUCAUUUGCAGUUCCUCCUUUGGUGA